AUGGUAACAAAACAAGCAAAGUCAAUCCGACCGCAAGCUCAAGCGAACCCACCCCUCGCCUCGGCGCCCCCGACACGCGAACACCGGCACGGACACGCGCGCGCAGGGAGCCCCAGGCUGCACGGGCUCAGCUCCGCCGGCGGAACUGCCUUUCCGCGCGCCUGGAGGGGCGGCCGGGACCGGUCCCGGCUGCGGGCCCGCCAAGCGCACCGGGAAACGGCGCUGGCGGGCGGUGUCCGGCGGGACAGGAGGCUCAAUGAGAGAGAGAGGAUUGGAGAACUGGGAGCACCUGAAGUCUGGGGACUGUCACCAAAGGUUCCUGACCCUGAUUCAGAUGAGCAUACACCGGUAGAAGACGAGGAGGCAAAAUCUCAGAGUAGUUCUUCAGAUUCGAGCUCAGAAGAGGAGAAAAAGAAGAAGAAAAAGAAAAGGAAGAAGAAGAAGCGGAAGGCGUCCAAAAGAAAGCGCAGGAAACACUCUGAGGACAGCGACAGCGAGUCGGAGUCGGACCAGAACUCCAGUGAUGAAGAUAAAAAGAAAAGCAAGAAGAAGAAAAAGAAGAGCAGAAAGAAGAAGUAUAAGAAGAAGAAAAAUAAGAAGAGCAGGAAGGAAUCCAGUGAUUCAAGUAGUGAAGAUUCUGAUGAUGAAACCAUUCAAGGGGAAGAUCUCUGGAUUGAGAGAUCAAAAAAUACAGAAGCUGAUAGCUUGAUUGGCCCAGAAGCUCCCAAAACCCAUGCAUCUCAGGAUGACAGGCCCUUGAACUAUGGACAUGCCCUCUUGCCCGGUGAAGGGGCAGCAAUGGCAGAGUAUGUGAAGGCAGGAAAACGGAUUCCCCGGAGAGGUGAGAUCGGCUUGACCAGUGAAGAGAUCGCAUCAUUUGAGAGCUCUGGUUAUGUCAUGAGUGGCAGCAGGCACCGCCGAAUGGAAGCCGUGCGUCUGCGCAAGGAGAACCAGAUCUACAGCGCGGAUGAGAAGAGAGCUCUGGCAUCCUUUAACCAGGAGGAGAGGAGGAAACGAGAGAAUAAGAUCCUUGCGAGCUUCCGAGAGAUGGUCUACAGAAAGACUAAGGGCAAGGAGGAAAAAUAA